AGUAGCGACUUUGCAGAGAGCAGCUAAGAUACACACAUUUCAUCGGAUUCCAUGAAGUCUGUCAAGGAGCGCGACGUUGCCGGGAUGGCUGCCUUUGAGCUGGCUCUGCAGUACAACUACAUCCGCCAAGACCGCUCUUACCACUUUGUUCAGCUGCUCACGGCGCUGUGCUCGUUCGUUUUCUUCUCCCAGUUGGCGGUCAUAAACGUGCUGCUCGUGUUGGUACCUCUUGUGCCGCCCCUCGAGCCGCAUGUUGAGUUUAUUCGCCCUUACACCCAUCCACUUCUCUUUGUGCUUUCUUUGAUCGCACUGUUGCUGAUUCGCGCCUCGAAGAAGCGGUUUGUGAUCGAGCCGGGCGAACAGACGAUGGAGCGACUUAACCGCGAUGUUCUUGAGCCGUGCUUUGGUAUGAAGUUCGAUACGCAAAUGGGGAAGUUGUUUUCUGACUUCCGCGCUGGAAGCCUGCGUGGCCGCGAGAACUUUUACUCCCUCCGCUACCUCGAGACUCCGUCUCCGCCCGCACAGUCGGCUAGUGCGGAAAGUUGA